AUGAGAGAGGCCAAAGUUGGCGGUAACCAUACGUACAUGUAUUGCGAUCAACUUGUUGACCACUUCACCGAUAACAGAGCUCAUGCCCGGGAGAAAUGGUGCCAAAAGUAUUUAUAUAACGAUGAGUUUUCAUCUAGGGAUAGGUGCCAUAGGCCGGUCGUCCUCCUCUACACUGGAGGGGAGUCUCCAGGCCUAAGUGACGAUAUCGUUACUGCAUCGAAUGUCGCGGAUGACAUGAUGUCUCUUGCGAAGGAGAUCGGAGCUGUCGCGAUGGCUCUUGAACACAGAUACUAUGGGGUAGAGAAACCGACAAAAAAGCUGUCCCGUAAAGUACUGGAGAAGACCUUCACAGUCGACCAAGCCUUGGCUGAUGUCGCACGCUUCCGAGACUAUGCCGCUACUAAAUACAAUCUCGAGAACGCUCAGUUCGUCACAUUCGGUGGGAGCUAUCCAGGAGUUGUAGCUGCCUGGGCUCGGGCUGUCUAUCCAGAGAGUUCGUUGCAGCUAUAUAAUAACGCAGCUGCCGAUGCCUUCGCCAACGAGUUAGUCGGAGGAAGUAUCGCUUGCGCUACCGCUAUAAAGCAAGCCCACGCUGAAGUGGGACAGAUGCUCGAGGACGAGAAACUGAGACGAAAACUGGAGAGGACUUUUAAUAUUUGUGGUACGAACAUGCUAGAAGAACAUGAUAAUAGGAGACUAUGGACUGCUGAAGGUGUACUGAGUUUUUCAGUGCAGUCAAACGAUCCUCGAUGCGAGGGUGACUUGUGCAACAUCGAAAAGAUUUGCAGUCGUUUCACUGAUCCCAAACGACCAGCGUCAUUAGUGGAGGGCCUGGCAGAGGUUAGUAGAAGUCGAACGAAAGAAUGUGUAGAUGUCGACUUCGAGGAAGUUGCUCGCAUGUAUAGAAAUGAGUCAUACGCUGACUGGAUGAAGAUGUGGGUCUUCCAAACCUGCAACGAGUUUGGAUUCUAUCAAACCUGUGACUCGUCGAAGAACUGUCUGUGGCCUCCGCGGCUCAAUGAUCUCAAGUGGAAUAUGAAACUCUGCGAAAUAGGCUGGGACUUUACUCCAGAAGAAAUAUCGGCUAAUAUACAGCAUACGAACAGAAAGUAUGGAGGCUUAUCGCUCAACGCUUCACGCAUCCUCUCCGUCAACGGUGGUGUGGAUCCCUGGCAUCGCCUAGCGCUCGUAACGUCAGAUAACUACGAACGACCAACUAUUUGGGUCCCUGGAGCCUCUCAUCACUACUGGACUCACAGAGGGAGCGAGGAAGUGGAUCAAAACAUUGCACGCGCUCGUUCGGGAAUACGCGAUGUAGUCAAGCAGUGGCUCGAAGAAGAUGCUGGGACCUUCGUGCCAGAGAUGAUGGUGUGA